UUUGGUUUUAUCGUAAUCUUUGCCUUUUUAAUGUUUUACAGAAAUAAAUAUCUUCCUUCAAUAGAUGAAAAUGAAAAUACAGAAGAAAGAGAAGCAGUUGUCCAGUUUAAAAGUUCUGAAUCACUCCCCAAUGUCUGAUGCCUCUGUCAAUUUUGACUACAAAUCCCCAUCACCAUUUGACUGCAGCACUGAUCAGGAAGAGAAGAUUGAAGAUGUUGCCAGUCACUUGCCCCAGAAGGACCUGUACACCACUGAGGAGGACGCUGCCACCCUGUUUCCUAGAAAAAUGACAUCCCAUAAUGGGACGGAGGACAGUGGAGGAGGAGGAACUGGGGUGAAAAAGAAACGGAAGAAAAAGGAGCCAGGAGAGCAAGAGGCCGCAAAGGGAGGCAAGGACAGGGAGCCCAAGCCAAAGAGGAGGCGAGAACCGAAAGAGCCAAAGGAGCCCAGGAAGGCCAAGGAGCAGAGGAAGGCCAAGGAGCCCAAGGAGCCGAAGCAGAAGGACGGAGCAAAGAAGACGCGGAAGCCCCGGGAGGCCUCGGUCCCCAGGGAGGCCAAAGACAAGAGGAGCUGUGCUGACUCUACAGCCAGGACGAAGUCCAAGAAGGCCAGCAAGGAGCAAGGACCAACCCCAGUGGAGAAAAAGAAGAAAGGAAAAAGGAAAAGUGAAACUACAGUGGAGAGUUUAGAGCUGGAUCAGGGUCUGCCGAACGCAUCCCUGCGGAGUCCUGAGGAGUCCACUGAGUCUGCAGACAGCCAGAAACGGCGCUCAGGACGGCAGGUGAAGCGCAGAAAAUACAAUGAGGACCUGGACUUCAAGGUGGUGGAUGACGACGGGGAAACAAUUGCUGUUCUUGGUGCUGGGCGGACAUCUGCACUCUCAGCAUCAACACUGGCUUGGCAGGCAGAGGAGCCUCCAGAAGAUGAUGCAAACAUCAUUGAGAAGAUCUUGGCAUCCAAGACUGUCCAGGAGGUACACCCAGGAGAGCCUCCAUUCGACUUGGAGCUGUUCUACGUUAAGUACAGAAAUUUUUCCUACUUACAUUGUAAAUGGGCCACAAUGGAAGAGCUCGAAAAGGAUCCUCGCAUCGCACAGAAGAUCAAGCGAUUUAGGAAUAAACAAGCCCAGAUGAAGCACAUUUUUACUGAGCCUGAUGAAGACUUGUUCAAUCCAGACUAUGUGGAAGUCGAUCGCAUCUUGGAGGUGGCCCACACCAAGGAUGCAGAAACAGGGGAGGAAGUGACACAUUAUCUGGUAAAGUGGUGCUCGCUGCCCUAUGAAGAAAGCACAUGGGAGCUAGAGGAGGAUGUGGACCCCGCAAAAGUUAAAGAGUUUGAAUCUCUUCAAGUGCUCCCUGAAAUUAAGCACGUGGAGCGGCCUGCUUCAGACUCCUGGCAGAAGCUCGAGAAAUCUCGGGAGUAUAAGAACAGUAAUCAGCUUCGGGAGUACCAGCUAGAGGGGAUGAACUGGCUUCUUUUUAACUGGUACAACAGAAAAAACUGUAUUUUGGCUGAUGAGAUGGGCCUAGGGAAGACCAUCCAGUCCAUCACAUUCCUUUCAGAAAUAUUCCUCCGGGGAAUCCAUGGCCCAUUCCUCAUCAUUGCCCCUCUCUCCACCAUCACUAACUGGGAGCGGGAGUUCAGGACGUGGACGGAGAUGAAUGCCAUCGUGUACCACGGCAGCCAGAUCAGCAGGCAGAUGAUCCAGCAGUAUGAGAUGGUGUACAGGGAUGCACAGGGAAACCCCCUUUCAGGAGUCUUCAAGUUCCAUGUUGUCAUCACUACGUUUGAGAUGAUCCUGGCGGACUGCCCAGAGCUAAAGAAGAUUCACUGGAGCUGUGUGAUAAUCGAUGAAGCUCACAGGUUGAAGAAUAGGAACUGCAAACUUCUGGAGGGUCUAAAGCUCAUGGCCCUGGAACAUAAAGUGCUUCUCACUGGAACACCCUUGCAGAACUCUGUGGAAGAGCUCUUCAGUUUGCUAAAUUUUCUGGAGCCAUCACAGUUUCCUUCAGAGACUGCUUUCUUGGAAGAGUUUGGAGAUCUAAAAACCGAGGAACAGGUAAAGAAACUGCAGUCUAUCCUAAAACCAAUGAUGCUUCGGAGGCUGAAAGAUGAUGUGGAAAAGAACCUUGCCCCCAAACAAGAGACGAUCAUUGAGGUGGAACUGACCAAUAUCCAGAAAAAGUACUACCGUGCCAUCCUGGAGAAGAACUUUUCCUUUCUAACCAAGGGAGCAAAUCAGCACAACAUGCCCAAUCUCAUCAACACCAUGAUGGAGCUGAGGAAGUGCUGUAACCAUCCCUACCUGAUCAAUGGAGCAGAGGAGAAAAUUCUGGAAGAUUUCCGAAAAUCCCAUAGCCCCGAUGCCCUUGACUUUCAGCUGCAGGCCAUGAUUCAGGCAGCAGGGAAGCUGGUGCUGAUCGAUAAACUGCUCCCUAAGCUGAUUGCAGGUGGCCAUAAGGUGCUCAUCUUCUCCCAGAUGGUGCGCUGCCUCGACAUCCUGGAAGAUUAUCUCAUCCAGAGGAGAUACACCUAUGAGCGCAUUGAUGGGCGAGUACGGGGAAACCUGCGCCAGGCAGCCAUCGACCGGUUCUGUAAGCCAGACUCAGACCGCUUUGUCUUUCUCCUGUGCACCAGAGCGGGAGGCCUGGGGAUCAAUCUCACAGCUGCCGAUACCUGCAUCAUAUUUGAUUCUGACUGGAACCCACAAAAUGACUUGCAGGCUCAGGCCCGAUGUCACCGCAUAGGCCAGAGCAAAGCUGUGAAGGUGUAUCGCCUCAUCACUCGGAAUUCCUACGAGCGGGAGAUGUUUGACAAGGCCAGCCUGAAACUGGGGCUGGACAAGGCUGUGCUUCAGGACAUCAACCGGAAGGGCGGCACCAAUGGGGUACAGCAGCUCUCAAAAAUGGAGGUAGAGGACUUGCUCCGGAAAGGGGCUUAUGGAGCCUUAAUGGAUGAAGAAGACGAAGGCUCCAAGUUCUGUGAAGAGGACAUAGACCAGAUUCUGCAGAGGAGAACCCACACCAUCACCAUCCAGUCUGAGGGCAAAGGGUCCACUUUCGCCAAGGCUAGCUUUGUGGCUUCAGGAAACAGAACAGAUAUUUCCUUAGACGAUCCUAACUUUUGGCAGAAAUGGGCUAAAAUAGCUGAACUAGACACUGAAGCAAAGAAUGAAAAGGAAAGCUUAGUGAUCGACCGACCUCGCGUGAGAAAGCAGACCAAACACUACAACUCAUUUGAGGAAGAUGAGCUCAUGGAGUUUUCAGAGUUAGACAGUGACUCAGAUGAAAGGCCCACAAGGUCUAGGCGCCUGAGUGACAAAGCCAGGCGUUACCUCCGAGCCGAGUGCUUCCGGGUGGAGAAGAAUCUGCUCAUCUUUGGCUGGGGCCGGUGGAAGGACAUCCUGACUCAUGGCCGAUUCAAGUGGCAUCUGAACGAGAAGGACAUGGAGGUGAUCUGCCGUGCCCUGCUGGUCUACUGUGUCAAGCAUUAUAAGGGAGAUGAGAAGAUCAAGAGUUUCAUCUGGGAAUUGAUUACACCCACCAAAGAUGGGCAGGCCCAGACCCUCCAGAACCACUCAGGGCUGUCUGCCCCGGUCCCCAGAGGGAGGAAGGGGAAGAAGACAAAGAACCAGCUGCUCCUCCCAGAGCUGAAGAAUGCAGACUGGCUGGCCACCUGCAACCCGGAGGUGGUCCUGCACGAUGACGGCUACAAGAAACACCUAAAACAGCACUGCAACAAGGUACUUCUGCGAGUCCGGAUGCUGUACUACCUGAAGGCUGAAAUACUGGGGGAAGCAGCUGAUAAAGCGUUUGAAGGAACUCAUGCCAGGGAGCUGGAUGUACCUCUGCCUGACAUCGACUACAUGGAAAUCCCAGUGGACUGGUGGGAUGCUGAGGCCGAUAAGUCCCUUCUCAUCGGCGUGUUCAAGCAUGGCUACGAGAGGUACAACGCCAUGCGAGCAGACCCAGCACUUUGCUUCCUGGACAAAGUCGGGAUGCCAGAUGAGAAGUCCCUUUCUGCAGAACAGGGUGUUACAGACGGGACCUCAGAUGUUCCCGAAAGAGGCAAUACAGAUAAAGAAGAUAAUGCCGAGGACAAAUUAGAUGGUCUCCAGAAACAAAUGGAGAGCUCCAGUGAAGGUGGCGAUGGCAUUUUUGGUGAAAAGAAGGAUGAGAGCCGGGCAGCCCAGGAUGGCUCCGACCCAGACAAAUCACCCUGGCCAGUUUCAUCUGCUCUCACAGCUCGUCUCAGACGUCUGGUCACCAUUUACCAGCGCUGCAACCGGAAGGAACUCUGCCGACCUGAAAUUCUGGGACCAGGUAACCAAGGAUACUGGGUUCAGGAAGAAAUGUUCAGGAGAACCUCAGAAAUGGACCUCAUCAACAAAGAAGCUCAAAAGAGGUGGACUAGGAGAGAGCAAGCAGACUUCUAUAGAACAGUGUCUUCUUUUGGUGUUGUUUAUGAUCAAGAAAAGAAAGCCUUUGACUGGACACAGUUCCGUAUCAUAUCCCGUUUGGACAAGAAGUCGGAUGAGAGCCUGGAACACUAUUUUUAUAGUUUUGUGGCCAUGUGCCGGAGUGUCUGCCGUCUGCCUGCAUGGAAAGAUAGUGGUCCCCCCGAUGCCACCAUCUACAUUGAACCCAUCACUGAGGAACGGGCAGCUAGAACUCUGUACCGCAUUGAACUCUUACGGAAGGUCCGAGAGCAAGUGCUCAAGUGUCCUCAGCUGCAUGAACGCCUCCAGCUGUGCAGGCCCAGCCUCUACCUCCCCGUUUGGUGGGAGUGUGGGAAGCACGACCGAGACCUGCUCAUCGGCACCGCCAAACAUGGGCUGAACCGGACUGACUGUUACAUCAUGAACGACCCCCAGCUGUCCUUCCUGGAUGCCUAUAGAAACUACGCCCAGCAUAAAAGAUCUGACACUCAGGCACCAGGAAGUCUCUGUUGCCUUUACCAGACCAAUUCCAAAUUAUAUGAAUCUCUGACGUAUACUCAAAUGAAUAGGACUUCGGAGUCCCUUGAAAAUGAACCUGAGAAUCGAGGGAAAAUAGAAAGCAGAGAUGAUCAUCUUGGUCUGUCUGAUGUGACUUGCGAAAAUUUGAUUUCUAAUGUUCAGGACGUCAUUUCCAUCAGCCAUGAUGAAAGUCUGCUGCCCGAGACCUUGGACAGCGUGACGUAUGGUAAGAAGGUCCUCGGCCAAGACUCAGACUCUUUGCAGGAGAGCCCAAGCAUCAGUGCGGAAUCCAGAAGAGAUGCUGCUGCAGUCUCGGGAAGCCCAGAGGAGACCUGCCAUCCUGGUGACCAGGAGGCAGAAGUACCUUCAGGCCCCUCUUUUUUGGGUAGCUUAGAAGCUAGAGUAGCUCAAGUGAACAUUAAAAAUGGGAAACAUUUAUUGUUGUCUACGUCAGAGGAAGGGGACCUCUGCUGCAAUGUGGCGGGGCCCAGACCUGAAAGCAUCAUGCAGCUAGGCGCCAAGUGCUUAGCUUCCCCUUCCUUGGACCCAGGAGGCGAAAGCGGGUUUGUAGAUAUGUGCAGUCUUAGUGUCUGUGACUCCAAAAGAAACCUGUCAGCAGAUCAGCAAUUAAUUGAUUUAUUAGAAAACAAAACCUUAGAAAGUAAAUUGAUUUUGAGCCAGAACCACAGUGAUGAGGAGGAGGAAGAGGAGGAAAAUGAGGAGGAAAACUUAUCAGUGGCAGCAGGCAUGAGGGAAAGGCCAGAGGUCUUGCAUCUCACCGAGCCCGCCACUAACAUCCCACAGGAAGAGAGCCGAGGCUUCCAUUUCAGUGAAGCCAAGAAAGAAAGCCUGGAAGUGGUAACCCAGACUCCUGGACCGCAGAGGGCUUUCCCUCCAGCCGCCUGUCAAUGUCACUGCAAACACAUGGGGAGAUGGACGCGCAGCCUCAAGAAUGAAUUUGAAGUGGAGAAACCUGAGGGUUAUAACCCAGACCUAUACAAAAGCAAUACCAAUAGCAUUACCUUGGAGGGGGAGCCCACUGCUAUUCCAUCAGAACCGUUCAAAGUGAAGCAGGAGCUUUUAAAAGACCCUUGGAAAGAAAGCACAGAGGGGAGAAAGGGUUUCCCCACAUAUCUUCUUGAAGGAAGUGAGCUCAAAUCAGAAGACUUGGAUUUUGAGAAUAAAGAUGAUUAUGAUAGAGACAGAAACUGCCACAGUCAAGAUUAUCCAGGGAAAUACUCUGAGGAGGAGAGCAAGAGCUCGGCGUCAGGCAUCGCUGGGGACACCGGGGAUGAGCUGCAGGAGGUGCGGGCCCCCACGAUUGCCCAGCUGCUACAGGAGAAAACCCUCUAUUCCUUCUCUGAAUGGCCAAAGGAUCGUGUGAUAAUUAACCGCCUAGAUAAUAUCUGCCACGUAGUAUUAAAGGGGAAGUGGCCCUCCAGCCAGCAGUAUGAGCCCUUGGGUACCCUGCCCACCCCAGUAUUAACCAGCAGUGCUGGUUCUCGAAGCAUCCUCUCAGAGCCAGAAGCAGCAGAACACAGCUUCAGCAAUGGUGCGGCAUUGGCAGCCCAGAUUCAGAAGGAGAGUUUCUUAACUCCAGUAUUCACAAAGGAUGAACAGAAGCACAGACGUCCCUUCGAGUUUGAGGUGGAGAGGGAUACAAAGGCUCCCUGCCUGAAGCAGCUCUCUGCCGCCCAAGGGCACCCCCCCAUUGUCCUCAAUGGCUGGCACGGGGAGACAGCGAUAGAUCUCUCGUGCUCCUCGGAUGGGUCCCCAGGAGCCACAUCCCCUUUCCCAGUGAGCACCAGCACACCGAAGAUUGGAGCUAUCAGUUCACUUCAAGGAGCCCUUGGCAUGGAUUUGUCUGGAAUUCUGCAAGCUGGCCUGAUCCAUCCAGUGACCGGACAGAUUGUCAACGGCAGCCUUAGAAGAGAUGAUGCAGCCUCAAGGAGGCGGAGAGGCAGGCGGAGACAUGCAGAAGGAGGGAUGGACCUCAUCUUCUUGAAGGAGCAGACCCUUCAGGCAGGAAUCUUGGAAGUCCAUGAAGACCCCGGACAGGCCACCCUGAGUACAACACAACCAGAAGGGCCAGGGCCUGCUACCCUGGCCCCUGAGCCAGCCGCAACAGCUGGCAACCAAGGCGAGAAAGCAGUUCCCAGCAAGAGUCUGCUGGACUGGCUGAGGCAGCAGGCUGACUACUCCUUAGAAGUUCCUGGCUUUGGAGCAAAUUUUUCAGACAAACCAAAGCAGAGGAGGCCACGCUGUAAGGAACCUGGAAAAUUAGACAUCAGCUCUCUGAGUGGGGAAGAGGGGGUUCCUGCUGUCCCCAAGGAGCCAGGACUGAGGGGGUUUCUCCCAGAAAAUAAGUUCAAUCACACCUUGGCUGAGCCUGUCCUACGAGAUGGAGGCCCCCGAAGAAGGGGGAGGCGGCCUCGGAGUGAACUCCUGAAAGGUCCCGCCAUCGUAACGGACUCUCCCUCUGGAAUGGGGCCACUGUUCAUGAAUGGACUGAUUGCUGGGAUGGACCUGGUAGGACUUCAGAGCAUGAGAAAUAUGCCAGGCAUCCCCCUCACCGGGCUGGUCGGGUUCCCGGCUGGCUUCGCCACGAUGCCAACAGGCGAGGAGGUCAAAAGCACGCUGAGCAUGCUGCCCAUGAUGCUGCCGGGCAUGGCCACUGUGCCCCAGAUGUUCGGUGUUGGGGGACUCCUGAAUGCACCCAUGGCGACCACCUGCACUUCCACUGCUCCAGCGUCUCUAUCAAGCACAACAAAAAGUGGUACAGCAGCGCCUGAAAAGACUGCAGAAGACAAGCCGAGUAGCCAUGAUGGGAAAACAGACACUGUAGCUGAAGACAAGCCUGGUCCAGGGCCAUUUUCUGAUCAGUCUGAACCUGCAAUAACUACUAGUAGUCCUGUGGCUUUUAACCCAUUUCUCAUCCCAGGAGUGUCUCCGGGACUCAUUUACCCAUCCAUGUUUCUCUCCCCUGGCAUGGGCAUGGCUCUCCCGGCCAUGCAGCAGGCCAGACACUCAGAAAUAGUAGGUCUGGAGAGCCAGAAGCGGAAGAAGAAGAAAACGAAAGGGGACAACCCAAGCCCCAACCCAGACCCUGCCCCCAGCUGCGAAAGGGAGCCAGGCAGUGAUCAGAACUGCACCGAGCCCAGUGCCCUGGCGCCCCCCGAGAGAGAACUUGUGGCACAGGCUGGGGAAGGGACACUCAAAGACUCCAACAGCGACACCAAUUAGAACUUUUUUCAUUUAAGAAAUUAUUGUGACUUGUAAGUUUCUUAUCCCAUAAAGGUUUGUUACUUCCCUCACUUCACCUUCUUAAGAACCUAUGUUUCCAUAAGUAAGGUUACUUACCUGAUUUCCUGUCUGAGAACUAUGGUAACAGGUGUGAUAGUUGCAGGGUCUUACCACUUCAUUAGAUAAGUGUCGUCGACCUAGUCUAGGAGGCACAGAAUUCCCAUUCUGUUAUCCAGUGGUUCAUUCCAGCAAUCGUAGUUAAUACAGUACUUGGUGACACGCCCUACCCCCUUCUCUUCCAAGUUUCCCAUUUAUUUGAGGAGGAAAAUGGCAAAAGAAAGCUGUCUAGGAAUUUACCAGUGAAGGGCCGGAAAACAGGCGGAGAAGAGCUCUUUUCUCCAUGAGCUGGAUUGAAUAGGAAGAAUGUAACGGGAAACCAAAAAGCACAGGAAAGGAAGUGCUGGCACGUAUUUUUGAGUUAAAAUAUUUCCCUAUUUUAUGGUGAUUACUAAGUAAUAUAGAAGUAUAUAACUAAUGGUUGAAAGUACAUAUACCCAUUUCUUUGUGAAAAACAAGAUCCUUACUAGUCGUAGUAUAAUUUCCCCCCUCAUGGUUUUUCAGACACCUGCAGCAAGAAGACAUACUGACUGACGAGGCAUUAUUUUAUAUUCCAUGAUCCCUCUCCCCCAGCUAGAAGAUGACUCUCACCAUGAGAAACCUUCACCCACCUUGAGUAUUGCUGGCAACGGGUGGGCGAGGGCCGCACACCACGGAGCUGCAUGCUGCUGCCUUGAGCACAGGCUUGUGCCCCGCUCCACCCCCAGUCACUUGCAGUCUUCUCUAGCCACUAAUAUGCCUCCUCCCUGUGUUUAAAGAGCACCAGGACCUGAUGGGGUUUUUUGUUCUGUGCUUUCCUUCAAGAAUAAGGCCCUUUGUGGAGCCUGCAAGAAGAUAGUCACUCAGCACUUUGACGCUAGCUGGGUCCCCUCAUCAAGGCUAUCAGGCUGUUGAAAUUGGUGCACCACCCUUUAGGAUACAACUGUGAAAAGUUAUUUUCUUCUCUCCAUUAUUUCUCUAUUCUGCUUAUCUCUGACAGUUGGACCCAAGUUCCAAAUUAGUCAAGACUGCAUUGCAAGUCAGCCUUACUGUCUAUCCUGCCCCAGGCGUUGCACGUUUGGGAGCUGAGGUGGGAAGAACCUGCCUGAGCAGCACUUGCCUGCUUGGCUCGCCCUCCCGCUCACGUUCCACCCCCUCCCUUCCGAUGGUCAUCUUCGCAGGGAGUCCGCACUCAGACUUGAAUGAGCUCAUGGUCAGUACUCGAGGGGCACAGGGCUGCGAGGACCCUUGGAAAUGGUGCCAGUGUUCCUCGUACCGGUUUCACUUUUCGUUGUCACGAUUUACUGUAUUUUUUACUUUUUCUGUUACAGUUUUGCUAAUUUAUCAGAAGGUCCAAAAGUCUGGCAUAACUAUUUCAUUUUGCAUUAUUUAUUUAUGAUGCUUUUGUCAUUUGUCUUUUAUACAUUUGGGAUUAUAAAUUAUGUAAAUGUUAAAGAUGAGCAUCUCAAAGAAGUCUGUUAAAUCAUGACCGGAAAAAAAAAAAAAACCAAUCAGAUGUAUUUUUUAAAAAGCGAGUCCCAGUUUUAUGAAUCAAAGGUAUAAGCCAGAAGAAAUUCUAUAACUGAUCAUAGAAGAAGAAAAUUAUCUGAUAGUUGAACAAAUCCUAUUUAACGGCGUCCGUGUAGCAUAGAUGGUCUAUAAUGCUGACAACAGAUUUCUUAGAAAUGCUACUGUCUCUAUUUAACUAACCUUUUGUUCAGUUUUGCCUCCAGUGGAAGCAGAAAGGGUUUUUUCAGCUAUUAAAUCCUAAAAAUCAAUAUAAUUUAUUUAUGUAAAAAAAUCACUCAAUCAAUAUAUUUUUGAACCUUUUAAGUACUAAUUUUCUUUUUAUCAAGUAGAAAAAAAAAUGUAUUUGCCCUAAAUCCUUAAAAUACAAAUGCUAUAAAAAUUCCUGUAUCUUGAAAGCCUUACUGCAGACGAGUAUUAUAGACAUCCAGCAGCGUCUGGUUUUCCUUGUUGUCGUUGUGUUGUUGUUGUUUUGUAUGAAAAAGCUGCUUUCCCCGGGUUCCACGUAUAACCUCCAGUAGGUCACAGGGUUCAAUGUGGAUCUGACUUACAAACCCACCAGCAUGCUCAACCCCUUGUUAUAUCUUAUCGAAUCUGUAUGUUAAUUCUCUGGGUAUUUAGGCUUCUAUUUGACUGCUGUUGUGACCCUGUUUGCAAAAUGAAAAUGACACUCUGUGGAUUAUUUGCUCUGUAAGGCAUAAGUGCUGCUGCUUAUGAUUAUUUUGACGUCUCCAAGAGCAAAAGCCAAAUCUAAACUCUUCAGCAAACUUGAGCCUUUUCAUCUAAUUCCAUGUCACUCGCAGCCAUAACUUUCCUUGAUCAUUCUUCACCCCCAUGUCUUACAUAAUAAAUUGUCUGUGGUCUUGAUCCUGGAUUUAAAA